AUGGAACGUCGUUCGAUCAAAGAUAAGCCAUAUUUAGAUUUUCGGCAAGGAAUUUAUCAAAUUCACUACCAACAACAAUAUCUUAAUGAGAAGUACAGGGAUAUCAUAUGCAACAUUGCAUGGAGCUAUCAUAUAGAUGACCAAGUCCAAUCAUCUAAUGGAGUUAAAAAUUCAUUCAGUGAUCUAACUAAUGCCUUAGUAGAAAUGUGGUCCACAGAACUGAAGCAAAGACAACUGCAUGCUGAGGAAUCUGUUGGACUUUGCUAUUCCUGA